GAGAACAAUUUAACAAGUUUCGUGGUCAGUUACAACACAAAUGUUUAUUGGUGUAAUCUAUAGUGCUCCUUACUCCCCUUUCUCCUAUUAUUAUUUACUUUAUUAUUAUUAUUAGCAUUAUUAUGAUGUGCUGUGUGCCAGUGUUGUGUAUGUGCACCGAACAAUAACAGUCAAUGUCAAUAGCCAAUGGGACUAUCAGUUCAGUCAGUAGCACCGAGUUUAAGAAUAAAAAAAGUAAAUAACAACAACAACAAGUAUUAAUAGUGCUCUGUGAUUCCCCCAUCUACAUGUUUUUUUAAUAAAUUCUAUCACCGUGACAUUAUUCCGUUGAAUGGAUGCCAUCCGUCUGUCUGAGCCUCAAAAAGUCAUUUUUUAGUCAACAAGUCAGUAUUUUUAUUCACCCCAGUUGUAAUAUUUUUGAUCGUCAUCAUCUCUGUCGUCAGGAGAUUGAUAAAAGUGCUCGGCAAGAUGACAUACCCGGGGAUGGCGUUUGUUUUCGUGGUCGGUGUUGGCCUGGCUACUAUUUUGUACUACAUGUUCGCUGAUAAUUCACACAAUCAGAAUCAACAUGGUUACUCCAGCAGCAAUGGAAGCGGUCCACCUCCUGACAUACCUCCCAACUCUUGGAGUGUUCCCACUGCCAGACCAAAGAACCGGCGAAAAGGAUCUAGCGCCAGUACUGACAAAGCCAAUUGCACUAUUUGCUUGGCUGAAAUUUCUAUCCAACAGAUUUUUAAUGUCCAGCCAUGCGGGCAUGCUUUUCACUUGAAGUGCAUUCAAGAUUGGCAGAAACAAGGACAGACGGAAAGUCACAAGUCUUGUCCAAACUGUCGAAGGAGAAUAGAAGAAGUCUGUUAAUUCGGACAAUUACAAUCACACAAAGGUAGUGUAAGUUUAAUUAAACUUUUGUAAGUAAUUGAUAAACACACAAUGGCUUAUCCAAAAUAUUUUAAGUUUUUUUCUGAUUAUUUUAUUUAGUGUUAAGUUUGUUACAAAAAAGGAAAAAUAGCUCUUCCUUGUGACUUUUAAAAAUUCAGACUUUUGUUUAUCAGUGCUGUGUUUUUACUAAAUAUUUAUAUCCAGGUCAUAAACAUUUAAAACGGAAAAAAUAUAAUAAUAUUUAUUCAGUGCAGUUAAUAUUUGACAUAUUAAUUGGAAAUUAAUUUAAUUUUAACAAAUUAAGAGACUGAUGAUUUAAAUUUAAAC